CGGGCUCACGCACCCGGUCGCGCAGGUGGCCACGCACGCCGACUCGGCCUACUUCACGGGCCUCGUCAACGCGCGGCAGCGGCGGGAGAUGGAGGCGAUGCAGGCGGAGGCGGUGGCCCUCACGGAGGCCGCGCGGUGGCGGGAGGCGGCUGAGGCGCGGGCCCGCGUGCUUGACUGGCUGCAGAAUGCCACGGGCCUCGCCACGCUCUACGACUUCGCCAAGCAGCGGCCGUACGCGUCGGCUGGCGUCGAGAAGUUCCUCAACAGGGCGGAGGUCAAGGCAGCGCUGGGCGCGCUCCCGGACGUGACGUGGGAGGGGUGCAGCGACGCGGUGGGAGAGGCCAUGUACGAGGACGUGAUGAAGAGCGUGCUGCCGGAGGUGGAUGCGCUUCUCCGGCAGACGCGCGUGCUGCUGUACCAGGGCAUCCGCGACCUCCGGGACGGCGUCGUGUCGCAGGAGGCGUGGAUCAAGGAGCUAAAGUGGGGCGGCCUGCGCGCGUUCCAGGACGCCGAGCGCGCCGUGUGGCGGACCGGCGAAGGGGAGGAGCAGGAGCUCGCUGGGUACGUGCAGCGGUCGGGGGUGCUGACGCACGUGGUGGUGUACGGCGCCGGGCACCUCGUGCCGGCGGACAACGGGCGCGCGACGCAGGAGAUGAUUGAGGGAUGGGUCAUGCAGACGGGCGUCUUUGGAAGCGGCAUGAGGUAGCGCGGCCUGUUGCCAGCCGGCGACCUGAUUCUUGCGGCUUGACGAAGCUGGUCUUUUGUCUUGACGAAAAUUGUUGCAGUAAUAGUCAUAGAUUAAAAUAGCCCGCGAAAUAGCCGCGAUAGCUGCGCUAUAGCUGCCUGGGAGCCUCGCCGCUAAGCUAUGGCUGUUGCCGCGAAAACCUCAACAUAUCCCUCUAAAUGGAUAAAAAAUCGGCAAAACCCUCCAGAAAUCAUCUCUCCCACCAGAAAAUUUUCCGCCAU